AUGGGAACCAAAGAAGAUAGGGAAAAUGAUGGCGGUGGAAAUUUUAGUCACAAUUUUUCGGCGGGCGAGGAGGAAAUCGAGGAAUCUUAUGAAGGUUGGUGGAUUUUGGGAUUUGGGUUCAAUUCUGAAAAAAAGGCAUUUGACUAUGACUAGAAUUUAAGCUCAAGGUUAUAGCAGGAUCAGAAUUACUUUUCUAAAGCUUUGCUCGAAUAUGUUGGUCCUCAAAUUUAGGAUCAAAAUUUCAGAUUUGAGAUUCUUUCUUUUCGAACUUCUGAAUAUUUCAGUCAAAUUUUCCAGAAUCUGGUCUCUGUUCUAUGAAUUUUUCCCCCAAGUUUCUCCAUCUCUCAGCCGCCACCAAAAACCAAACCAAACAAAAAAUUUCGAUAUUAUUCAUGAUCACAUUAUUAUUCUUAUUAUUUAUCUAACUAGGCAGCAGCUGUUUUUUGUGUUGUUCAGCACAAAAAAAAGAAGAAUAAUAUAUUUUUCAGUAGACAUUGCGAUGAAAAAAAAAACAAGUAUCUCUAGAAAGAAAACUUGGUUUUUAAUUAAAUUCGUGUGAAAAAACUUUUUUUGCGCAGCAUUUUUGUAGAAAAAUAAGCUUUUCUCUGCAAUUUUUAUCAUUAUUUUUUUUUGCAUUUUUAUUUUGGAAAAAAAAGCCCAAGUGGUAAACAAUUCUUUUUUUGAAGAUUUUUCUGAAGUUUUUCACGUAGAAAAGUUUCAGACAAAUCUGAAAACACGUGAAAACGGAUAAAGCCACAUAUCAAAACUUUAAUGUUUCCAACAAAAACCUGAAUUGAAUCUUUUCCAAAAAAGCUCCCAGCUCUCAAAUCAUUUUGUUGCAGAAUCAAUGAUGGUUGCAAAAACCUUUAUGACAGUCGCUUACAUGAUUGUUUUUCUGAUCGGAACUCCAGGAAAUAUUUGGAUAAUUUAUAAAUUGUCUCGAGCCAAAUUAUGGAACACAUCAUCGGUUCAAUUAACAGUGUCACAAAGAUCAAGAAUUUACAUAUUUGCAUUAGCUUGUUCGGAUUUGAUCUUAUUAUUGACAUUGCCGCCGUCGACUAGCUAUAAUUACUAUGGAAAAUGGAUUUUUGGAGAAGUGGUAGGUUUUUGAGGGGGACCAAAAUAUAGUGGAGAGAGAUGAAAUUAUGAGAUGUGAUGGUUCAAAGAUUAAUUAAAUUUGAAAAACAGGAAGAUUAUUUUCUGACAAAAAAAAUUUCAAAAUUUGAAUCAUGUUUGAUAUCAAAAAUUCACAAAUGUACCAUGUUAUAACCAAGUAUUCCCUAUGUAUAAUAAUUCCAGGCUUGUUACGCAAAUCGAUCUCUCGAAAUGUUCGCCAAACUCUUUUCUGUCAUCCUUUUAACAGUAAUGUCAGUUGAACGCUACAUUGUAGUCUGCACCCGACUUCGUCAUUUCUACCGUGCCUGGAUGUCAUUAGUUCCUCUGAUCUUCGGAAUAAUAUUUGGAGUUAUUACUCCAACAACAAUUCAUUUCUUUUAUUUGUCAUAUAUUCAAGCACGCUCUUUUGGAAAUAUUACAGAAGGAAUGCCGGAAGAAACUUUAAACUCUUGGUAUUGUCUUCCUUUGAUGCCUGAUUAUAUUUUCAAUGCGUUUGCCCAAUAUACUUUUUUCGUUGGAUUUGUUAUUCCAUUUGUGAUUAUGACAAUUUGCUACAUUUUAUUGGUUCGACAUGUCAAAGCAAAAUAUAAGAUUCGAAAAGCUCAAACAACCCAAAAAUCUGGGAAAACUAAAGAACCAAGAUAUAUGUCAGAAGUUCGAAAGAGUGUUUGGCGAAUUGCAGUAUUUCAUUUUGUUUGUUGGGCGCCGUUUUGGGGAUUUACAAUGUUGCCAAAUUAUAUACAUUAUAUUAUGCAGAUUAUUGGACCUGGUAAAGAUUUAGAUAAUUAUUCGGAAAAUGGAGUGGAAAUGGAAUCACAGGUUUUUGUGUAUAUUCGACUUUUUGCCAAUUGUUUGCCUUAUGUUAACGCAGCUGGUGAGUUGAAAAGGUUUUGGGUAAAUUUUGAGCUAGUUUGAAUACUUUAGUAAACGAAAAUACAUGAAAACUUCCUAGAAAUCACAGUAUUCCUAUCACAAAAUUCCAAAAAAAAAACUCUUCCAGGAAAUUGGGUACUGUACGCUCUGCUGAAUGUCGACAUCCGCAAACAUAUCUACAGUAGUCAACCAAAAAAGAAACAGCGGAAAUUCAGCAUCAAAUUCAAUGCGAUUCCAACAAAUCGAUCAGAAAUUAUUGAAAAAUAA